UUGUCAAAUGUUGUAUGUAUGUUACGGAAUUGAUAAAGCUAUUUUGUUGAAUAAAUAUUCUUGUGGUUAAUAUUAUGAAAAUAUUUUUCUAAAGUUUGUUCAAUAAGAAAAUGGCGCGUGAUAGGAGUCCAGAGCGCAGACGUUCGCGGUCCAGAGAACGUCGAGAUAAGGAUCGGCAUGAAGAUCGCGAGCGUGAGUCUCAUCGCGACAAAAGUAAGCGUAGAGAAAGGUCUCGAAGUCCUCGAAAGGAACGAGAAAGAUCAAGAAGUCCCUCUAGGAAAGAUAGAGAACGAUCGCGUAGUCCGGCCAGGAAAGAACAAGAAAGACCAAGAAGCCCAGCUAGAAAAGAGCGGGAACGCGGCCGCUCUCGCAGUCCUAAGAAGCGCGAGGGCAAAGAAAAAGACGCCGAAAACCGAAGGAAACAUGAUGAUAAAGAAAAACCUAAAACUAAAAAAGAAGAUGAUGUUAAACCUGACGAGGAAGAUAGUCAAGAUGCAAAAGAUGAUGAUAAACCUAUAAAGAAGGAACCCUUGUCUCUCGAGGAACUUCUUGCUAAGAAAAAGGCAGAGGAAGAAGCCCGCAGUAAACCAGUCUUCUUGACUAAAGAACAAAGAGCAGCUCUAGCUUUGGAAAGACGCCAGAAACAAGUUGAAGCUAUAAGAGCUAAUGUUGAUAGACCAUCUAUUACUACCAUAGACCUUACAGGGCCUACAAAGAGGGAAGAGGAGAAAAAACAUAGAGAGGAAUUAAGAGAAAAAGAAAGGGAAAGGAGGGAUGACAGGGAGAGAGAAAGAGAACGUAAAUAUGAAGAAAGAAAGUCUAUGAAUGACCGCAGACAAGAUGACAAGAAGGAGAAGAAUGAAGAAGUUUCUAAAACGAAGGAUAAAGAGCGAGAAGAGGAAGCCAUCAAGGCACGGUACCUCGGUAUAGUAAAGAAAAAACGUAGAGUCCGCAGAUUAAAUGAUCGUAAAUUUGUUUUUGAUUGGGAUGCAUCUGAAGAUACCUCUAAUGAUUACAAUGCCCUAUAUAAAGAAAGGCAUCAAGUACAAUUCUUUGGCCGCGGUCACAUUGCUGGAAUAGAUAUUAAGUCACAGAAAAAAGAUUACAGUAAAUUUUAUGGCAAUCUCUUAGAGAAACGUAGAACAGAAUUGGAAAAAGAACAAGAAAAAUUACGUCUUAAGAAAGUUAAGAAGAAGGAAGACAAACAGAAGUGGGAUGACCGGCACUGGUCUGAGAAAGACCAGGAUGAAAUGACUGAGAGGGACUGGCGUAUCUUUAGAGAAGAUUACAACAUAACCAUCAAAGGAGGCAAGAUUCCCAAUCCAAUCCGUAACUGGAAGGAAGCAGGCUUUCAUCCAGACAUUAUGGAAAUCAUCAGCAAAGUUGGUUACAAAAGUCCAACACCUAUUCAAAGGCAGGCUAUCCCAAUUGGUUUACAAAACAGAGAUAUUAUUGGUGUUGCUGAAACUGGUUCUGGUAAAACUUUGGCCUUCCUUAUACCUCUACUUACUUGGAUUCAAUCUCUACCCAAGAAUGAGCGUUUGGAAGAUGCUGACCAAGGUCCAUAUGCUAUAAUUUUAGCACCUACUCGUGAAUUGGCCCAACAAAUUGAAGAGGAGACAAACAAAUUUGGAAUUCCUCUAGGAAUCACAUCUGUCGUAGUUGUUGGUGGUCUUUCGAGAGAGGAACAAGGUUUUAAACUCAGAUUGGGGUGUGAAAUUGUUAUUGCGACACCUGGUCGUCUUAUCGAUGUCUUAGAGAAUAGGUACUUGGUACUUAAUCGUUGUACUUACGUGGUACUUGACGAAGCCGAUCGUAUGAUUGACAUGGGUUUCGAGCCUGAUGUACAGAAGAUUCUAGAAUACAUGCCAGUAUCAAAUAUCAAGCCAGACACAGACGCCGCUGAAGAUGCUUCUGUGCUGCUAGCGAACUACAACUCCAAAAAGAAGUUCAGACAAACUGUGAUGUUCACAGCUACUAUGCCUCCAGCUGUGGAGCGUCUAGCCAGGAGCUACUUACGUCGGCCCGCUAUUGUAUACAUUGGAUCCGUCGGUAAACCUGUAGACAGAACAGAACAAAUCGUCUACAUGAUCGGCGAGAAUGAGAAGCGUAGAAAGCUCACAGAAAUAUUACAAAGAGGAGUCGAACCUCCGAUCAUUAUCUUCGUCAAUCAAAAGAAAGGUGCCGACGUUCUGGCUAAAGGUUUGGAGAAGUUGGGCUUCAAUGCGUGUACAUUGCACGGUGGUAAAGGACAGGAGCAGCGAGACUUUGCUCUGGCCAGUCUUAAAAACGGUUCAAAAGACAUACUGGUCGCUACCGACGUUGCAGGUCGUGGUAUCGAUAUCAAGGACGUCAGUAUGGUCAUCAACUACGACAUGGCGAAGACGAUAGAAGAUUAUACACAUCGUAUCGGUCGUACCGGUCGUGCGGGUAAGACUGGUAAGGCUAUGUCUUUCGUCACUAAAGAAGACUCGGCGUUGUUCUAUGAUCUAAAGCAAGUGCUACUAACGAGCUCAGUGUCCACAUGCCCGCCGGAGCUCAUGAAUCACCCAGAAGCACAGCACAAGCCAGGAACUGUGGUCACUAAGAAGAGAAGGGAAGAAAUGAUAUUUGCAUAAGUAUAAAUGAGUAGAUUGGACAUUUAUAUAUGUAAGUUGAUACAUUGAAUAAAAACUUCAUAAAAAUA